AUGGAGAGGAGCAAUCACACAGUCACAGAAUUCAUCCUGUUAGGAUUCACAACAAACCCCACAAUGCAGUUGGUCCUGUUUGCACUAUUCCUUGGAGUCUACUCAAUGACUCUCAUAGGAAAUACCACCCUCAUAGUGCUGAUCUCCAAUGACUCCCGGCUUCACACUCCCAUGUAUUUUUUCAUUGGCAAUCUCUCCUUUUUAGAUCUUUGGUAUUCUUCUGUCUACACCCCAAAGAUCCUGGUGACCUGCAUCUCUACAGACAAAAGCAUCUCUUUUGCUGGCUGCUUAUGUCAAUUCUUCUUCUCUGCCGGUCUGGCCUACAGUGAGUGUUACCUAUUGGCUGCCAUGGCUUAUGACCGUUAUAUGGCCAUCUCAAAGCCCUUACUUUAUGCCCAAGCUAUGUCUAGUAUAUUGUGCAUAUGUUUGGUUAUAUGUUCAUAUAUUGGAGGGUUUGUUAAUGCAAUAAUACUCACAAGCAAUACAUUCACAUUAAAUUUUUGUGGUGAUAAUGUUAUUGAUGACUUUUUCUGUGAUGUCCCACCCCUGAUCAAGUUGGCCUGUGACGUAAAAGAGAGCUACCAGGCUGUGCUCUUCUUCCUCUUGACCUCCAAUGUCAUUAUCCCCACUGUGCUCAUCCUGGCCUCCUACCUCUUCAUCAUUGCUGCUAUCUUGAGGAUUCGCUCCACUCAGGGUCGCCUCAAAGCAUUCUCUACUUGCUCCUCACACCUAAUUUCUGUCACUUUGUACUAUGGUUCCAUUCUCUACAUCUACUCACGCCCAAGUUCCAGCUAUUCUCUUGAGAGGGACAAAAUGGUUUCUACAUUUUAUACUGUGUUAUUCCCAAUGUUGAAUCCCAUGAUCUACAGUUUCAGAAAUAAAGAUGUGAAAGAAGCACUGAAAAAGCUUUUAAGACUCACACAACCUGAAGUAUAA